UGGAGUAAACCUGUGACGUCACUCCAGGCGAGACCGAAGCAGCAGACGAAGAGGAGGGAAAGGCUGCCUGUCUGGAAAAAAAAAAAAAAUAAUAAUAAAAAAAACAAAAACAUGUCAUGUAACGGUACUCGGCAGCAUCCGACCCGGCUGGCAGCAAGUCCCAUCCUUCACAUGGUUGGGAAGGACUCCCCUCCAUAAAAUGGAGAAAGCAGGAGCCAUGAGUACUGCGGGCAAAAUUAGCGGGCUUAAGCUGCCCACUAAAAUAGGCCGUCCGGCUGUCGUCGCCGUCAAGUCCGCCUCGUCCUCAGGAACUCCAAAACCUCUUCCAGCGUCGGAGAAGCCCGGCGGCGGCGGCGGCGGCGGCGUCAUCUCCCCCGAUCAGGAUGGCGUCCCGGAUUUCCAGAUUGGGGAGCGGGUCUGGAUCAACGGGAACAAGCCCGGCCACGUCCAGUUCGUGGGCAGCACGCAGUUCGCCCCGGGCCAGUGGGCGGGCAUCGUGCUGGACGAGCCCAUCGGCAAGAACGACGGCUCGGUGGCGGGCGUGCGCUACUUCCAGUGCGACGACGGGAUGGGGAUUUUCACGCGGCCCUCCAAGCUGUCCAGGACGCCCCUCCCGGAAAAGGAGGCCAACGGGGGUCAGGCCAAGGUCACACAAACUGGAAGCGAGGCCGCGCCCGUCGGGACCCCGUCAACGGGGAGCGUCGAAAACCUACGGAACGUUCCCCCCGGCGGGAGGAUAACCGGCGUGUUGAACCGAACCGUCCAAUCCACGGAGUCGGUGACCAACCUGUCUGACACGGAUUCCGUGAAGAAGAACAAGCGGGAGCUCAGGAGAGGAGAUCGCGUCCUGGUAGGGGGCACCAAGGCGGGAGUGGUGCGCUUCCUGGGCGAGACGGACUUCGCCAAAGGGGAUUGGUGCGGCGUGGAGUUGGACGAGCCUCUGGGCAAGAAUGACGGGGCGGUAGCGGGCACCAGGUAUUUCCAGUGCAUGCCGCGGUACGGCCUCUUCGCCCCCGUCCACAAGGUGACGCGCAUCGGCUUCCCGUGCACCACGCCGACCAAAGCCCGGAGCUCCCGCCGGAGGUCCCUCCUGAAGAGGAGCCCGAGCGCCUCCUCCAUCAGCUCCAUCAGCUCCACCGCCUCCUCCGUCAGCGGCAAACCCAGCCGAGCGGGACUGUUGACGGAGACGUCGGCCAGGUACGCUCGGAAAAUCUCCGGCACCACGGCGCUGCAGGAGGCGCUCAAGGAGAAGCAGCAGCACAUCGAGCAGCUGCUAGCCGAGCGCGACUUGGAGCGCUGCGAGGUGGCCAAGGCCACCAGCCACGCCGGGGAGGUGCAGCAGGAGCUGACCCUGCUGAGGAAGGGCCGGGAACAGUACGCCUUGGAGACGGAGGCCAAGCUGGACCAGCUGAGGUCCAUGGUGGAAGCGGCCGACCGGGACAAAGUGGAGCUGCUCAACCAGCUGGAGGAGGAGCGAAGGAAAGUGGAAGACCUGCAGUUCCGCGUGGAGGAGGCGUGCAUCACCAAAGGCGACCUGGAGACGCAGAUCCGCCUGGAGCACGGCUGCAUUAAGGAGCUUGAGCAGAGCCUGCUCUUUGAAAAGACCAAAGCUGACAAACUCCAGCGGGAUUUAGAGGACACCAGGGUGGCAACGGUGUCGGAGCGUUCGCGCAUCAUGGAGCUGGAGCGCGAGGUGUCGGACCUGCAGCUGCGCUUGCGGGCGUCUCUGCAGAAGGAGGACGCGGCGUCGCUCUCCCAGCAGCAGCUGGCCAGCCUCAAGGCCCAGGCCCAGUCCCAGGAGAAGAAGAUCAGCGAGCUGAGCGUGGAUCUGGAAAGCAAAGACAAGGAGUUUCGGUCUGUGCAGGAUGAUAAGGACUCCCUGCAACAACAGUUGAGCGCCUUGAGAACUCAGCUGCAGCAGGCCGAGCAGGAGGGCGCCAGGAUGGCGAAGGCGGCGCAAGAAGCGGAGCAGUGGAAGAAGGACUGUCAGGCGCUGAAAGAUGCGAGCCAGUGUCGAGAACAAGAACUCAACAGCCGGCUGACUCAGGCCGUGGAGACUUCGGCGGGGGCGUCGCUGUCUCUGGAGAGGCUGGCCAAUGAGAAGGCGGCGCUGGAGACGCAGUUGGAAGCGCUGAAGCAGCAGAAUUGCAAAUACCAAGAGGAGCUGAGUCUCGCUCAGGAGGGGCAGCACCUCGCCCGCAAGGACGUAGAGAAGAUCUCCAUUGAGGAUUCGGGCGCGCAGGACUCGUCGGGUCUGGUCGCUAACGACAAGGAGCGCGAGCUGGAGACGCUGAGGAGCGAGGUGGCGGCGCUGCGGUGCCAGAACGGCGCGGCCGAGACGCUGCGUUCGGCCGUGACCGCGCUGGAGCGCGACAAGGCUCAGCUGAGCGAGCGCGUCCGCGACCUGGAGCGACGGCUCGCGGGACGGGCGGCGCCGGAGGACGCCGAGCGGGACGAGGCGCUCGCAGGCGACAAAGCUCUGGAGAAGCUCAAGGAGGAGAAAGAGUUCGCCGAGGGUCAGAUCAACUUCCUGAACAGCGUCAUCGUCGACCUGCAGCGCAAGAACGAAGAGCUGAAGGUCAAACUGAAGAAGUUGGCCCUGACCGACUUCAUCGGCAAUGACGGCGCAGAAGGCGCGGAGCCGGCAGAGUCCAAGCGUGACAAGAAGGCCCCGCCGCGGCCCUUCUGCGACAUCUGCGACCGCUUCGACCUCCACGACACGGAGGACUGCCCCACGCAGGCGCAGAGCCCCGACGCCGUGCCGCACUCCAGCUACCGCGGCCACCGCGACGACGAGCGGCCCUACUGCGAGGUCUGCGAGGUCUUCGGUCACGCCACGGAGUCCUGCAACGACGACCGCACCUUCUAGACCGACCUGCCGCCCGCUCCCGAUAACGCUGACACGGUGCAAUAUCGACGUAAGUAUUUCACAGCGGCGGUCAAUUUGCAAAAGUUCCCGUUGAGCCGCUAAUCAAUGACGUCGCCGGACUUUGCCGCCAUACGCGCCGCGUCGCUACGCUAACGCGGAAUGAAGGAAAAACGAUUCGAAAACGAAAACGAACUUUGAAAAUGGCCCCCGUAACCCUAAAAUGGCUGCUUCCAACCAAAAUGGCAGACUUCCGGUUUCAUUUCAGUGACGGGUUCUAAAGAGUUUUUGGUACGCGUUAAGUGAGAAGUUUUAUUUUUAUUUUUUGGUGGGUCCACUCACGAUAGACAAGUCCACCAAAUUUUGAGUUUUCACAAAGAUAUUCACGUUUUAGGAUGAGUCAUCAAUAUGGGCGGCCAUGUUCCGCCCACACAAAUUUACCAAAAAAACCGCCAACAUUUCACAUUUUAUUUUUAUUCGUCUGGUUGACGUUUUGUAGACAAAAUCUCCAAUACCUGCAAUAACUGUUGCGUGAAAGGUAAACAAAAGCACUUCGUUUUUAUGCACUUCCAUAACGUUUGUCUCCAUUUAUCUCGUCAUUAAUUUGCGUCAAGUGCACAUUCAGGGGACCAAAAUAUUACAAAGCUUAUCCACAAAAUCUUUAACGCAUUACUAACGUCACUGACUUUAGUUGUUUAUUUUAAUACACAAGUUUAUAUUAUGCAAUUUUUUCUUAAAAAUUAGCUUUGCUAUGCUAACCUGGCUCGUUAACUGUGUUUUAGCAUUGCCACUUCAUCAGGAUUUUUGUCAUCCGUUAACUUUGUUUCCAGUUGUUGUUAACGUUUCGCAUUUCGUGGCGAUCCUCAGCGAGAUAAGCUAGCUAGCGCGGUUUUGUUCUACUGUAGCAGCUCUACGAACUCGCCGUCUUCGCACGAGUCAUUUUAACCACUAAACGGCAUCAGCGUGACAUUUCUUGACAAAUAAAUGUUACAUAUUUUUGUCGGAAGAAUUAAUUUUAAACACGAUCACAAUCCUAAUGAUUAUGAUAUAAAACUGUGGUCUGGCAUUAGCACAAAAUGCGUCUCUUUUGCUAAGCUAAUGUUAGCACAAAGCCUGGAAAAAGGGGAAUAGCACCUCCAAUCCGCAUAUCUUCUAAAAGUUUUCUCACUCAGUUUCCACAAAGAUUUUUAAAUUCUUGCUUUCACGCUAAGCUAAAGGGCUAGCUUAGCGUUGUCUCACGCUAACAGAAAGACAUAUCAAUGUGAAGCACAACUUUUUUGAGGUCAUAUUGAAUCUCCGCGCGUUUCUAUCCACAAUUUGACUCACGGUUUGAAAAAUUGUACAACACAGAGAAGAAGCUCAAGUGACCGACGCGCACGCACUGCCAUCACGCAGCUGAAGUGUAUAAAAAAAAAAUGCUUAUUUUUCUGCCCUGUUAAUAAGAUGCACUCCAGUCUAUUGUAUAGCAAAAAAAAAAAAAAACAACAACAACUUUGUGCUCGUUGUACGUGUCGCGUUGUUUUCUAUGUGGCCAGAAUUUCUACGGAUGUGUUGUGCAUAUGUCCUUUUUUUCUAUGUACUGUACAUGUACACUUUUAACGGUCCAAUACAAACUGCAAGUUCACUCUUUCA